AAUCCCAGUUGGCCCAGUCCGAGCGCGGCUGUGGCGCUGGGCGAGAUGCGGGGCAAGGACGAUGAGUACGAUUAUCUCUUCAAAGUUGUGCUCAUCGGAGACUCAGGGGUAGGGAAGAGCAACCUGCUCUCACGCUUCACCCGCAACGAGUUCAACCUGGAGAGCAAGAGUACCAUCGGGGUGGAGUUUGCCACGAGGAGCAUCCAGGUGGACAACAAGACGGUGAAGGCUCAGAUCUGGGACACGGCCGGGCAGGAGCGGUACCGGGCCAUCACCUCAGCGUACUACCGGGGGGCGGUGGGAGCCCUGCUGGUCUACGACAUUGCCAAGUACCUGACGUACGAGAACGCAGAGCGCUGGCUGAAGGAGCUGCAGGACCACGCUGACGCCAACAUCGUCAUCAUGCUGGUGGGCAACAAGAGCGACCUGCGCCACCUGCGGGCUGUGCCCACCGACGAGGCCAGGGGCUUCGCAGAGAAGAACGGGCUGUCCUUCCUUGAGACGUCUGCUCUGGAUUCCACCAAUGUGGAGACAGCUUUCCACAACAUCCUCUCGGAGAUCUACCGCAUCGUGUCCCAGAGGCAGAUCGCUGGGCAGCCCGAGUCGGAGUUUGGCCCCUCCACCACCAUCGAGCCCAUCCGGGUGCUGCCCACGCAGCAGGAGAGCCGGCAGGCGCCCUGCUGCCAGAACAUCUGAGCCCCUGCGGUGCCCCCACCUUCACCACCCAGCACACGGUGGCAUUGAAUGUCUCACCCUCUACCUCUGCCUGCCACGGCUCCCUGAGCGCUGCGGGCCGGCCGCUGCUUUUGUGUGCACCGUCAUCCUGCCUGUGUGCUGCUCUGCCCGUGUUUAUGUAGGACUGACAAAAGUGGGGGGAGGUAAAGCAUCAGGGUGUCUCCCCUCUCUCCUCAAGGCUGGGGACAUGCCAUCCCCUGUGUCCCUGCUCCCUUUAGCCCUGCAGGCACUGUUGCUGGAUGACUGGGUGGCACUGAACAAGCCUGAACACGGUGAGUCCCUGUUUGGUGACGCCCUGUGUGCAGCGCCAUGGGAUGGGUGUGCAGGGGGUCACUGCGGGCAUCCCUCUGCCCUGUCCCCGCGGCACUGAGAGCUGGGAGUGCCUCUGGGUGCUGCUGGGGCCGUCCAAGGUGGGGUGUAGGAGCGACACCGUUUUUGUGUUGCGAUCCCCACCCUGUGGCAUGACCCCAGCAAAGGGAAAAGCUGUGACUCUUCCAUGGAAAGAGAUGGGAGCAGGGGCUGGGGGGCCUUGGCCUUUGGGGAGCCCCAAGGAGAGGACAAGGGGGACCAGGGAGUUAGGGGGCUGAGGGUGAGGGCAGGGAUGAGGUGCUGAGGGUGGGCACAUUGUCCUUCUGCACAGCGCCCGGUGUGGGAGCCAGUGUCAGCAUUGGGGACCCCUCAGCUCCAGCUGCAAGGACCUCUGGCAUGGCUUGGCCCUUUCCUGCUCCAGUUCGGCCUCCGGGGCUGGUGGCUGGGGUCAUGCCACCACAGGGUGGAGUGUCUGCUACAUCUGUGGGGUGACAGUGAUCUUCUCCCCUGCUUGUGGGACGGCAGGCAUCACCCAAGAUGCUGGGACAGGCUGUGCUGAGCCCUGUGCUGCUCUCGGGGGUGAUUGGCAGGUGUCAAUCAAGAGGGGUGCAGGUGGGAAACCCUGCACCAUUAACCCAGUACUGGGAAUGUGGCCCCUGUCACAGGGUGGGGUUUGGGGGAUCUCUUUCUCUCCACAGCUGCCCCCAGUCUCUGCAUCUGACUUGGCUGUGCCAGUAGGAUCUGGGACAACCUUGCCGCUUGGGGCAUGAUUUCUCAAUGAAAUGGAAGUUGAGGCAAAAUCCCCAAAUAAAGCUGCUGUUGAAGCCUU